UUAAAUAUUCUUAAGAGUUUUUUCAUGGCUUUUAAGUUUUUUCAGCUCAUCACCUUCAUCUUCCUCAUUUUCAUACUGCUUGCUCCUAGUGGCCAUGCCAAGAGGAGCACCCCAAGUGGCCAAGAGUCAUCACCUUUUGAUUUCAUCAAGAAAUUAAAAGAUUGUCACAUGGGAAAUAAUACUAAAGAGAUCCACGAGCUCAAAGCCUACCUCGAAAAAUUCGGUUAUCUCAAAUAUCCAAACAAAACACAAGCCACUGAUGAUGAUUUCGAUGAUAUCCUCGAAUCAGCCAUCAAAACCUACCAAAAAAACUAUCACAUCACACCCUCAGGGGUCGUUGAUGAUGAGACGAUAUCAAUAAUGACAACCCCACGAUGUGGGGUGCCUGAUAUCGUCAACGGCACUAACUACAUGCAACCUCGAGACAGAAUCCACGAGUCGUCUAGCUCGAGUGGCAUCCAAAUCGUGUCCCACUUCACUUUUUUUCCUGGAAACCCUAGAUGGCCAUCUUCCAAAACCCUACUGACCUAUGGGUUCUUGCCCAAUUUCCCCGCCAACGCCGUGGACCCCGUGGCACGUGCCUUUCAAAAGUGGCAAUCUUCCACACACUUCACCUUCGCACGUGCCCAAACCAACCAAAAUGCGGAUUUGGUCAUAGGGUUCCUCCGCGGGGACCAUGGCGACGGAUCCCCUUUUGACGGCCGCGGCGGAAUCCUAGCUCAUGCAUUUGCACCAACUAAUGGAAGGUUCCAUUACGACGCCGACGAGCAGUGGUCCGUCGGGCCGGUCGCGGGUGCUUUCGACUUGGAAACCGUCGCGCUUCACGAAAUCGGGCACCUUUUAGGGCUCGGACAUAGCUCGGUUGACGCGGCAAUCAUGUUUCCUAAUAUCGGAGCCGGGCAGACUAAAAAUUUGAACGCAGAUGAUAUUCAAGGAAUAAGGUCUUUAUACAAUCGCUAAAAUAUAUACUAUUAGAUAUAAAGGUGUGUUUUUAUUUGCAUGUCAAAAUAAUUUCCCCUAUGUUGGGAUUUCGUAAUAGUAUCUAAGGUUCAUCGUUGGCUUUUAUGUUGUCGUAAUUAUAACGUAUAUGGAUUUGGACAUAUAGUCCACCAUAAUAU